AUGCCGUUUACUACUCCGCCCUACAUCCACAAAUUGCCUUUCGACCCUCCGGACUCAAUACCUAUCCAUGAAUUCCUAUUUAAUGAUGGAGACAAGUACGGCCGGUAUCCGAUUGCAGAUUCUCGCCCACCUUUUACUUGCGGCAUCACCGGAAAGUCGUAUUCCGCUGUCGAGGUGAAGAAUCGUAUAGAAUGGCUUUCAGCUGCACUUGCAUCAGAGUUGGGAUUCGAAGUCAAUGGUAGGAGCGAGUUUGAUAAGGUCAUAGCGUUAUUCAGCGUCAACACGAUAGACACGAUGACUAUCUCGUGGGCUGCUCAUCGCUUCUCAGGAGUAUCAUCACCUAUAAGCCCUUCGUAUUCCGCUACCGAACUUGCAAAACAGCUCAAGGCAGUUAAAUGCAAGGCUCUGUUUACAUGUGCGACGCUGCUCCCUACGGCUCUUGAAGCGGCAUCUGCGGCGAAUAUCCCCAAGACGCAUGUAUAUCUGCUGGAAAUUCCAGAGAAAGCACUAAAAGGUGCCAUCAUCCCGACUGAUAUCAAGUCGCUAAAGUGGGAGCAGGGUCAAGGUGCCAGCCAAACUGCAUUCUUAUGCUCCUCCAGCGGAACAUCUGGAUUACCAAAAAAUGUCAAGAUCUCGCACAGAAAUGUCAUCGCCAAUACGCUACAGAUGAGCACAUACGAAUCCAACUACAAGAGCGGAAAGCCAGAGUCACUCUUAGCUGUACUUCCCAUGAGCCACAGCUACGCUUUAAUCGUUACUGGACACUCUGGUGUAUAUCGUGGCUACAAUGCAGUCGUACUGCCGGGAUUUGAUCUUGUUGACGUCUUAGAGGCAGUACAGAAGCAUUCCAUAGAGACACUCUGGAUGGUGCCUCCCAUGAUAGUUGCUCUGAUUAAGAACUCUGCCAUCACCGCGAGAUAUAACCUCGAACAUGUCAAGACAACUGUAGUUGGCGCCUCCAAUCUCACAAAAGAGGUCAAUGAACAGUUUGCUCGCUUUUCCCCCAAUUGUCAGCUCAUACAAGGAUAUGGACUCACUGAGACUUCAGUUGUUGUAUCUAUGCAAAACAAGGCAGACGUUAUGUUUGGUUCCUGUGGCCAUAUUUUCCCUGGCUAUGAGGGUCGACUGAUAAGCCGAGAUGGCGAAGAGGUGACAGAGCUAGAUACUCCUGGAGAACUUCUUUUGCGGUCGCCAUCAGUGAUGCUAGGGUACCUUGAUAAUAAGAAAGCAACAAAGGAAACAUUUACAAGCGAUGGGUGGUUACGAACAGGCGAUCUGAUGGAAUUUCGCAAGAGUGAUGAUGGGUACGAGCAUCUUUUCAUUGUUGAUCGAGUCAAGGAGAUGAUCAAGGUUAGGGGACUACAGAUUUCUCCAACAGAAGUUGAAGCUCUCUUGUUGCGUCACCCUUGCAUCGCGGACGUUUGCGUCGUCCCAAUUUCGGACGAUUCCGCGGGCGAACUGCCACUCGCUUUCAUCGUGCGAUCACCCGCCGGCAAGAAGGAAGAUGAGCGCUUGCUUAAGCAAAGGAUCCACACCUUUGUUAAUAGCGAGCUAUCCGAGUAUAAGCGCCUAGCUGGAGGAAUCGAGUUUCUUGAAGCACUUCCUAAAUCAGCCAGUGGUAAGACAAAACGAGGUGAGAUGAAGGAGCGGGCAAAGAAAAUAUUUGAGACAGGUAGAGCAAAGGCCUUGCCAAAGGUGCUACAAGUUUAUGUGUACGAAUCCUCUGAUGACGAAGACAGCGAGGAUGAUGAAUGA